AAUAUGGGACAUCAUUGUUGCAGCAAACAGAAAAUCAAGAGAGGGCUUUGGUCUCCUGAGGAAGAUGACAAGUUAAUCAAAUACAUAACCACUCAUGGUCAUGGUUCUUGGAGUACUAUCCCUAAACUAGCAGGGCUUCAGAGGUGUGGGAAGAGUUGCAGAUUAAGAUGGAUAAACUAUUUGAGGCCUGAUCUGAAGAAGGGUCAUUUCUCUGAACAAGAGGAAAGAACCAUAAUUGAUGUUCAUAGGAUUUUAGGCAACAGAUGGGCUCAAAUAGCAAAACAUUUGCCAGGUAGAACAGACAAUGAGGUCAAGAACUUUUGGAAUUCAUGCAUCAAGAAGAAGCUCAUUGCCCAAGGCUUAGAUCCCAACACUCACAAUCUUCUCACCCCUAAUUCUUCCAAACCUAACAACAUUAAUACUGUUAAUAAUAAUAAUUUUUUUAGUAUUCAUAACAACAAAGCAAGUACAGUUUAUAACUUCUCUCUUGAUCAUCCCAAACGCAAAACUACUUGUUCUACUAGUGCUAAUCAUACUUCUGUUUUUACGGUCAAUUCGAACGCGAAUGUUUCUCGUGGCGGUCAUGGUACUGCUUCCAUGAAUUAUGCGAUCAUGAAAGAGGAUUUUUUCAAAUUAGCUGAUAAUAGUUAUUCAGUUUCCAUUCCUCAACUUAAUCCUGGAAACCCUAGUGAUGAUCAUUUGUUGCAAGAAAGCUCGUCAAUGAUAUCAAGCUCCGAAUACCAAAACCCUAACACGGUUUGGACCGAUCUCCGAGAGCAAAAUCCAACUUCUUUAAUGGAGUCAACGAGCCAACCUUCAAAGGUAAUGUUUAAUAUUCAAACUUCUCCACAAAAUCCAUCAGGGCAUGAGAGAUUAAUAGAAGAGAAUUGCUUGUGGGAUAUUGGUACCUCUGAACUUGGAAAAGGAAGUACAAAGCAACAUGAGGAAAAUAUUAAUACACUGCAUGACGAGACAUCAAUACAGCUUCUGGAGAAGGCUUCGAAUGAAGAAGUAAAUAAUAAUAUUCAUGAAAAGAUGAAUAUUAACGACUACAUAAGAAAUGGUGGGAAGAACGAGGAUGUUGCUCCUUUUGAUGACACUAGUUCUAACUUUGACUUUGAUUUUGUGGAUUCUGCAAUUUUGUCUUGUGGAAUGUAUUGCCAUCUCAGUCCAAUCGCGGAUCAUUCUGACUGGAAUCUUAUUUGA